UCUUGUCUCUCCUCCUGACAACCUUAAUCUCUAUUCCCUUCUUUAUCCCCAUUUUGCUUAUUUGGUUCUAUGGAGAUGGAAAUGUCCCACUCAUCUGUGUUCUUUUAGCCAUUGGGAUUGAGCUGAUUAUUUUGAUCAUGUGGAUGCUGAAAAAGUGCAUGGUUUUAUUAUUUCCCGCCUCGUGUGGCCACAGAAAAGUCAUUUUUACCGGAAGAAGUUCCGUUCCUCUUCGAGAGAUCAUUUUGACCGUCGACGAAGAAAUUCCAACUGAACAAGAUUUUCAGGAACUAAAAACUAACGCUUUACCCUAUUUAUCAGACGUUAAGAGUGCUCUGGAAAGGGGAUGGAGGUCAACCACGGAUUAUUUUUUCGCAGGAAGCACAGUAGAGAGAUUCGGCAUUGCAAUGAUGAUCUUGCAAGACGCUAGAUGCUUCGGAUUGGCACCCUUAGGCUCAUUAGAUGCCGACCUCGACGUGAUGUUUUGCUGUUCGGGAGUAAAAGCUUCUUUUUCCGGUCAAGAUGACUUACUUGUUGAGCCAUAUAUCAGUGGAAGGGAAGGCUUCACGGGAUAUGCACAGCUUGUUUACUUCACUCCCAGCGUUGAGAAAGCAUUUGUCAGUUCAACCCUUAACAGACAGCGGGCAAAUAGUGCUGUUCAAAACAUGCCCGUGGACAAUCUAACCAGCGAUACAUGCUGUUUUGGCACAAUCGACUCCGGCCCCAAGGUCAGCUUUAGCUCCAGAGGACCCACGAUGAGGGUUCGUGUUGCUCCUCUUUUCGAAGCUGACUUUACCAUCUGUAUCCAGUGCUUUGAGUGGCCACCAAAAAGUGAUUGGUCCUUUCGUCCAAGGUACUGGCCCUGUGCAACCGAAGUAAAGAGAAUCAUGUCACUUGGCUGCCAUCUUGUGGCCAAACCAGCACCAAGCGACAAGAAUAAAACAAGCUGGCGAUUCUCGUUUUCCCUUACAGAAGUGGAGCUAACUAAAACGUGUCCCAGAUACAGCGAGAAAAUGUUUCUUGGCACUCAAAAUUAUCCUGAAAGACCAUCUUCAACCCGUGGUGCCCGAACUUACUUCUUACCACAUCAAAACUAUUUUCUUGAAUACUCUUGA